GGUUGAAGCAGCGUUGAAUGAAAAUAAGAGAAAAAUUUCAAGUGUACUAUAAAUAUUUGAAUUUAACGUAAUAACAAUGGAAGUGGUGUUUACCAUCAAUGGAACGCUCUACAAAGCGAAUCCCCAUUCCAUCCCGGUGGAUACAUCGUUGGGUACUUUUAUCCGAAAAAACGCUCAACUAACUGGAACGAAGAUGGUCUGCCGCGAAGGCGGUUGCGGAUCGUGCAUCGUUAACGUGAAUGGUGAACAUCCGGUCACCAAGGUCCGACAGAGCUGGGCUGUGAAUUCGUGCCUAUUUCCCGUGUACUCGUGUCAUGGUUUGGAUAUUCUAACGGUCGAAGGGAUUGGCAACAAAUCCAAAGGAUUCCACGACGUUCAGCGCAGGCUAGCGCACUUUAACGGAACCCAGUGUGGGUUCUGCUCUCCUGGUAUGGUCAUGAACAUGUACAGUCUGCUGGAGUCCAAGCAGGGAAAUGUCACCAUGGAAGAAGUUGAGAAUGCCUUCGGGGGUAAUCUGUGUCGCUGCACCGGCUAUCGACCGAUCCUUGAUGCGUUCAAAUCACUGGCUGUAGAUGCAGAUCCACAGCUGAAAGAGACAUGUCAAGAUAUCGAAGAACUGCCGAAAAUUUGCAGUAAUACGGGUAAACCGUGCCAGGGGAAGUGUGGUGCAGUGCCAAAAAGAGGAAUACAUCUUAUCUUUGAAGAUAAGCGAGAGUGGCACAAGGUGUACAACGUUGUGGAUGUAUUUGCUGUAUUGGAGAAAAUUGGUUCCAGACCAUACAUGCUCGUCGCAGGCAAUACCGCACAUGGUGUCUAUCGUAGAAAGGAGAAUUUAGAAGUGUUCAUUGACAUCAGCUCGAUUGAAGAACUCAAGUUCCACUCGUUAGGCAGUAACCUAACCAUUGGAGCGAGCGUGACCCUAAGCGAGCUGAUGGCAAUACUGCAGAAUGCUUCGGAGAACAAACCUGAAUUCCACUAUUGCAAAGAACUUGUAAAACAUAUUGAUCUGGUAGCGAACAUCCCUGUAAGAAACUCCGGAACAAUUGCUGGUAAUUUGAGUAUCAAGAACCAAUACAACGAGUUUCCAUCCGAUUUGUACCUUAUCUUCGAAGCGAUAGGAGCUAGGUUAACAAUAGCUGAAGCUGGUGGAAAAGUACAUACAAUUUCACCACGUGACUUUUGCAUGAUGGAUAUGUCAAAGAAAAUUCUCCAAAAUGUAAUUCUUCCCCCAUUGGAUCCCAACAUUUACGAAGUCAGAUCAUUCAAGAUAAUGCCCCGCGCUCAAAACGUGCAUGCGUAUGUCAAUGCUGCAUUCUUGUUUGCAUUCAACCAGGAUAAAACAGUACUAGAAACAGCAUCUAUUUGUUAUGGAGGAAUCAACCCUAAGUUUACUCAUGCAACCAAAACGGAGGCCUUCCUGGCCGGAAAGAACAUCUUCUCCGACGAAGUGUUCCAAGGCGCCCUCAACGUGUUGAGUUCGGAGAUUGACCCUGAAGGUGAACUACCGCACGCAUCUCCUGAGUACCGCAAACACCUUUCCAUCUCUUUGUUCUACCGAGCGGUCCUCAACAUCGCCGGCAAUCACCAACUUCCCCACAAACCCCAGUAUCAAUCCGGAGCAUCCAGCUUCCAUCGUCCGCUGUCCACUAGCAAACAACAAUUCCAAACUAUCCGCGAAAACUGGCCCAUGACCAAGAACAUUCCAAAAAUCGAUGGUCUCUGGCAAACAUCCGGACAAGCAAAGUUUGUCGAAGAUCUGCCAACGAUUCCGAACGAACUGUACGCCGCUUUUGUGAACGCCACCCACCCGAGAACGAAAAUUUUGAACAUUGACCCCUCACCGGCCUUGAAUCUGCCAGGAGUGCACGCCUUCUACUCUGCCAAAGACAUUCCUGGUCGGAAUGAUUUUUCGCCAACCGAACUUGGCAAUCCGGAAACCGAAGAAAUCUUCUGCAGUGGUGAAGUUUUUUACCAUGGUCAACCGAUAGGCCUCAUUCUGGCGGAUACCUUCGACCUCGCCCAUCAGGCAUCCAAAUUGGUACAGAUAACCUACAGUGAACCCGAUGGAAAACCCAUUCUCCCCACGCUGAAACACGUUCUAUCGGCAAAAGCCGAUGAUCGCCUUCGCGAUCAACCUUUCGAUAAGGAAGGUGAACAUUACGGUGAGGCCACUGGCGACGUUCAACUGAAGAAAAUCGAAGGCCGAUUUGAGCUUCCCGGACAGUUCCACUUCCACUUGGAACCGCAAACCUGCAUCUGCGUUCCAACGGAAGACGGUAUGGACGUGUACAGUUCAACGCAGUGGGUUGAUUUCUGCCAGGUUGCCAUUUCGCAAGCGUUAAAUAUUCCGGAAAAUAGCCUGAACUUCUACGUCCGCCGUUUGGGUGGGGCAUUCGGAGGCAAGCAAUCCCGAUCAUCACUGGUGGCUUGUGCUUGUGCGAUUGCGGCUCACUUUAGCCAACGAUCUGUGCGGUUGGUGAUGUCAUUAGAGUCAAAUAUGGAUGCCAUCGGGAAACGAGCCUCCUGCAUUAGCAAUUACCAUGUGGAGGUAGAUGGUAAUGGAAAGAUCAUGAAGUUGAUCAAUAACUACGUAGAGGACUACGGCUGCAGCUUGAAUGAACCAGUCGAAAUGGUAACGUCGAUGUUCUAUCGGAAUUGUUACGAUGCAAGCCGAUGGAAGUUGGUCGGUAAGGCUGCCUUGACCAAUUCGGCCAGUAACACGUGGUGUCGAGGUCCGGGAACUAACGAAGGUAUAACGAUGGCCGAGAAUAUAAUGGAACACAUUGCGCAUGCUUUGGGGAAGGAUCCACUGGUAGUAAGACUGGAGAAUAUGAGCGAAGAUUGUAAGAUUAGACAGUUGAUGCCGGAAUUUGUGAAGGAUGUGGAAUAUGCGGAGAGAAGACGGGAAAUUAACGAGUUCAACGAAGCAAACCGCUGGAAGAAGCGAGGUAUUGCAAUUGUUCCUAUGCAGUACCCUCAAGCGUUCUUCGGACAGAUGCAUGCAUUGGUAUCGAUCUACCAUAUGGAUGGAACGGUAUCCAUUACGACUGGAGGUAUCGAAAUGGGACAAGGCGUGAACACUAAGGCAGCACAGGUAGCUUCGUACGUGCUUGGAAUUCCGCUGGAGAAGGUCAGUAUCAAGGGAAUGAGCAAUCUGACCUCUCCGAAUGCGACGGUAUCGGGCGGAAGUAUGACAAGUGAUGCGGCUUGCUUUGCCGUCAAGAAGGCUUGUGAUAUGCUGGUAGAGCGAAUGAAAACACUUCGGGAUCAGUUCCCGAACGACUCCUGGCAGCAGUUAACUCACCGGUGCUACAACGAAAAGGUUGACCUUUGUGCGAUGUAUCAGUACAAGGAAGGUGACAUUAAGAACUACUUGGUUUGGGGAUUGUCCUGCGCUGAGAUAGAAGUAGACGUUUUGACUGGUAACGUACAGAUCCGGAGGGUUGAUGUCCUGGAGGAUACUGGUGAGAGUAUCAGUCCAGGGAUCGACAUAGGACAAAUUGAAGGUUCCUUCGUUAUGGGAAUCGGAUUGUACUUUACUGAGAAUUUGGUCUACAGUGGAGAAAACGGUCAGCUGCUUACCAAUAGGACUUGGAACUACCAUCUGCCUGGAGCGAAGGAUAUACCGGUAGACUUCCGCGUGAAGCUAAUUCACAAUACCUUUAACGAGAGCUAUGUUCUACGAUCGAAAACCACCGGAGAGCCUGCACUGAAUAUGACAGUGGCUCUACUGUUUGCGUUGAGACGAGCGUUGAACUCUGCUCGAAAGGACGCUGGAUUGGGCAACGACUGGUAUACCAUUGUGACUCCAUCAACACCAGAACAGAUUUGUCUGGCAGCUGGCAGCAAAUCAGAGCAUUUCAAGCUGAACUAAGGUUUAUUGCACAUAUCA